ACACGAUAUUUGAAACUCUCGUCAUGCUUUGUGUACACAGUGUUUACAGUAUUUAUUUUUACUUAUUCAUAGUUCGUCGGUAAUUUCCAGAAUUUCACCAUACGGUGUAAUGAAGAACGCAACAGGAAAAGGUUAAACAUUUAGAGGUCUUAUAGGCUUGAAUGAUGGUGGUAAAAACAAGAAGCAAGGUCCUACUGGGUGAUGGUUCCCUAUUGAAGAAGAAGGAAUAUGAGAAGAUAAAGGAGGAGAAGGAAGAUGAAAAAAAGAAGGCAAGAAAGAAGAGAAAGGACACAGGCGAUGGAAAGGAUUUGGACAAAAAAAGAAAAGCUCAUAUUCUUGAUGACACUAUCAUUGACGAGUCUGCUGUACAUCUCAAAAUUAAUGUGACUAAUUUUAAAAAAAUGACAAGAGCAGAAAUUCCUGGUAAGGCUAAGAUGGGUUGUGAAGUUACAAAGCAAGAUGAAGGGAAGUCCCAUUGGCUAAUUACAGUAGGCCUACUGAUGCUUUUUAUUGUUGUUGUCUACCAUAUUUUUGGUGUAUAUGAAGAAGAUACAACAUUGAUUGAAUAUGUGCAGAACUCCUCUUCAAAGGAAGAUUUUAAAGUCAAACUUGAUCAUCUUAGAUCAUCAUUUUCUUCUCAGACUCCUUAUUUUUGGAAGUUAAUUGGCUCAGUGUCAGAGGAUGUUAUUGUGUCUAAGAAUCCUAAAAGACCAGCUGUGAUCCUACUUGCAGGUGGUCCAGAUGCACAUCAAACAUUAGAUAACAUAGCAUCCAAACUUUCAACGUCUUAUAGUCAUUUGGAUGGAAAUUCAGGUGUAAUUAAAAUUGAUGGUUUUCAAUAUAAAAAUACUGAUCCACAUAACACGAAAAGACUGAUAGAUGAAGAACUUAAAAAUGGGUUUAAUACUGGCAGACAAGUGGCGAUUAUUCAUCAUUUUGAGAGUAUUCCAGCAGAAGCAUCAAUGAUAUUUCAUUCCUAUUGUGAAAAUGAUAAUGCCCCUUUCAAGAGGGUUGUCAUUAUAUUUACAGUCCACAUGAAAGAAAAACUGAAUCCAAAAGAUAACAUUAAAAUAAAUCAAAAGAAAGUUGAGCAACAUUUAGAAAGUCAGUGGAAGGAUGCAGUAGACAAGGAUCACAUUGAAGCCAUGUUCAGUCGAGUUGCAACGGCAGUUGCAUUUGUAACUCCAGAAUGAAAAUUAUUUAUGGGGAAAAAAUAUAUUGUACUUGUGCCCACAGUAGUGUAGUGCCUAUAGCACUUGGGGGUGAAUCCACAGGCCCCCAGUCCAACAGGACUAAUACACAGUACCCUCAUUUUAGCCCUUUUAAAGACACCCAAAACUAGCAAAUUUAAGCAAUGCAAUUCUUGGGGAGCCCUCCUUUUGCCACCCCCUACUGUAGAUUUCAUCGCUGCUCAUCUCCCCUCCCCAUCUGGAAAAUCUAAGGGCCAAUACUGCCCAGAAUGUUUGUAAUACGUAAUACAAAAUACUAAAAUACUAAAAUAAAGUCCAGUCCUCUAAAUACCAGUCUUCUAUGCUUGUGUGCUGGGUGAAAUACUAUUUUCCAGGAACCAAUGUAAUGUCAAUUACAGUAUAUCAAUUUUUUUUUCUUUGAAGGAUCCCGUACAAAGAAAUUUAAGUAUAUGUUUGUAAUCGACUGAUGUAGAUUCAUCUAUCCAGGUUUACAAUAAUAAAUAAUAAUAAUUAUAAUUAUUAAUUAUAAUAGUUUUAAUUGAUAUUUAUUAUAUGUUUGUAAUCUUUAUAUCACAAUAUUAGGGCUUCUUCUUAGAUCCACAGAACUUUAAAAAUUUGUUUGAAAUAUGUUAAGCCCCAUAAAAAAACUAUUAGUUUAUCACCACCCUCCCUCAUCACUUUUGGGGAAAUUCUGAUUUUUUUUUUUCAAUCAACAUGUACAGUAUUUUUAUA